AAUAGAGGAGAAAGUUUCAAUUUUGCAGAACAUAACAAGAAGAAUGAUGAUUCCUCUCUAUUCAUGGUCUGUCAUCCUAAAGAAGUCAGCAAGAAGAAUGUGUGGAGGCGAAUCUGCGUUUUCAGAUUUGGAUGAGUCUUGUCAAGACAAGGUGAAAUUUGGUGAUAAUUCCACUAUUGCAGUCAAAGGAAAGGGAAAGCAGAAGAAGAUGGUAAAUGGUCUUCCUCAUUUUGAUUCUCCAGAAAUUUGUGAAAUCUGCGUGGUCAGUAAACAGCACCGUGACAGCUUUCCUAAAGACAGAUCUUGGAGAGCAAAGCAGACCAAGUCAGAAGCCUUAGCAGCCUUUAAAAAUUUCAAAGUCUUGGCUGAGAAUGAAGUUGGCAGAUCUGUAAAGGUUUUGCAUACAGAUCAUGGUGGUGAGUUUAAUUCAAAGGAAUUUGCAGAUUUUUGUGAGUCCAAUGGCAUUAAAAGGCAACUCACAGCAGCUUAUACACCUCAACAGAAUGGUGUAUGUGAGAGGAGAAAUCACACAAUCAUGAAUAUGGUGCGAAGUCUGAUGUCAAAGAGUGGCUUGCCUAAGGAGUUUUGGCCAGAAGCUGUUAAUUGGAGUGUUCAUAUCUUGAGCAGAAGUCCCACAUCUCCACUUCCAGAUUUGACGCCAGAAGAGGCUUGGAGUGGACGUAGACCUACUGUUGAUUACUUCAGAAUUUUUGGUGAUCAGUCCAAAGCUUACAGAUUAUACAAUCCAACCAAGAAGAUCAUCAUUAGCCGUGAUGUGGUGUUUGAUGAAGCAAGCACUUGGUCUUGGACAAAAAAAUCUGGGCAACAGAUUCCUACAGAUUUCGAAAAUGGAGAAGAUCUGACUGUGCAGAACUCAGAAGGUCAAACUUCAACAGAUCUCGAGGCUUCCAGAUAGACAACUGAAGAAAGUCUGCCUACAGAAGUAGAGUUUAGUACUGGAGGAAGUCUGCCAACAACACCAGAACUGGAAUUUGGAACUAGUUCCAGACCUCAACGUAAAAAGAGAAGACCAGCAUGGUUGGAAGAUUAUGAGGUAACAGAUCUACCUCAAGAUGAUGUUCCAGUUAAUCAUUUUGCUCUAUUUGUAGAUUGUGAUCCAUUGACAUAUGAAGAAGUUGUUAAAGAGGAAAAGUGGCAAAAAGCCAUGGCAGAAGAAAUUGGUUCUAUUGAA